AUGACCACCACAACCACCCCCGAAGGUGGCUCCCAUCCGGGCGCCCUUAAUGCCACCCAGCGAGCGCGAUGGGCCACCCGGAGAAUGACUGUCAGGAGCAGUAGCAACAAACGCAACUCGCUCAUGAACCGCAUGCACAAGAAGACCGGAUCCAACGAGAAGAACCCGCCGCUCCCCGAAGGUUCCGAGCCGCCCGCUGAAGAUGCCGUGCAGCCGCCCAUCGACGCUGGCAAUCAAGAAGAGAGUGAGGAUGUAGAGGAAGCAUCUGGAACCCGGGCUCUCUAUUUCAACCAGCCUCUGCCGGACAGUCUGGUGGACGAAGAAGGCCAUCCGAUUCAGGAAUUCACCCGCAACAAGAUUCGGACAGCCAAGUACACACCCCUCUCCUUCGUACCAAAAAACCUGUGGUUCCAGUUCCACAACGUCGCCAACAUAUUCUUCUUGUUCUUGGUUAUUUUGGUGUUCUUCCCCAUUUUCGGUGGUGUCAACCCAGGCCUGAACGCUGUGCCCCUGAUCUUCAUCAUCACUGUCACCGCUAUCAAAGAUGCCGUCGAAGAUUACCGAAGAACCGCUCUCGAUAUCGAACUCAACAACGCCCCCGUUCACCGACUGCGAAACUGGACCAAUGUCAAUGUGCUUGAGGGAGACGUUUCCGCUUGGCGACAGUUUAAGAAGGGCAACUCGGCCUUCUUUGGUUCCAUCUGGCGCGGCAUCCAAAGCAUUUGGUCCAAGAAGGCCAAGGAGGAGCGAGCCCGACGCAAGAAUGAGACUGUGGACGACCCGGUGCGACCCUCCAUGGAGACACACCACACCAGACGCUCUGUCCGUGAAUCUAUUGCCUCUCCUUUUACCGGGCGCGAGUCAUUCAUGUCCGCCCGAGAAGACAUCCAGAUGACUCCGGUGCCCUCCCCAACGCCAACGCCGCACAUUCGGAUCCAGGUCCCUGAGAACGAGGAAGCUAAGCGUGCUGCCGCAGUAGCAAGGAUGGACACGAGCAUCAUCCAGCGCGAUCAUCCCAUCAAAGGCGCUCGAUUCCAGAAGGAUGCCUGGAAGAGCAUUGUUGUCGGCGACUUUGUCCGUAUCUACAAUGACGAAGAAUUGCCAGCCGACAUCAUUAUCCUCUCCACUUCUGACCCGGAUGGCGGAUGCUAUGUCGAGACGAAGAAUUUGGAUGGCGAGACCAAUCUCAAGAAUCGCCAGUCACUCCGAUGCGGUCGACCAAUCAAGCACGCCCGAGACUGCGAGCGAGCAGAGUUCAUUAUCGAAAGCGAGGCCCCUCAACCGAAUCUGUACAAGUAUAACGGCGCCAUCAAGUGGCAGCAGUCUGUGCCUGGCUAUGCCGAGGAGGAUCUCGAGGAUAUGACCGAGCCUAUUGGUAUUGACAACCUGCUUCUGCGAGGUUGCCACUUGAGAAACACUGAAUGGGUUCUUGGUGUCGUCGUCUUUACUGGACACGACACCAAGAUUAUGAUGAACGCUGGUAUUACCCCAAGCAAGCGUCCACGAAUCGCCCGCGAGAUGAACUUCAACGUCAUCUGCAACUUUGGUAUCCUGCUCAUCAUGUGCUUGCUCGCUGCUAUUGUCAACGGCGUGGCAUGGGGAAAAUCGGACGCUUCUCUCAACUUUUUCGACUAUGGGUCGAUUGGUGGUAGCCCGGCUAUGAGCGGUUUCAUCACCUUUUGGGCCGCACUCAUUUUGUUCCAGAACUUGAUUCCCAUCUCAUUGUAUAUCACCCUUGAGAUCGUCAGAACGCUCCAAGCCGUCUUCAUUUAUAGCGACGUGGAGAUGUACUACGAGAAGAUCGACCAGCCCUGUAUUCCGAAGUCGUGGAAUAUUUCAGAUGACCUUGGCCAGAUUGAGUAUAUUUUCUCCGACAAGACUGGCACAUUGACUCAGAACGUCAUGGAAUUCAAGAAGGCCACCAUCAAUGGACAACCUUACGGAGAGGCCUACACGGAGGCGCAGGCUGGAAUGCAGAAACGUCUGGGUAUCGAUACCGAAAAGGAAGGCGAAAGGAUUCGGGGUGAGAUUGCUAACGCAAAGAUUCGUGCUCUCGAGGGCCUCCGAAAACUUCACGAUAACCCCUACCUCUACGACGAUGAUGUCACUUUCGUUGCUCCCGACUUUGUUGCCGACUUGGCCGGUGAGCAUGGCCCCGAGCAACAAGCAGCAAACGAGUACUUUAUGCUGUCCCUAGCCCUCUGCCAUACUGUCAUUGCUGAGAAGUCCCCCGGAGAACCACCCAAGAUGAUCUUCAAGGCCCAAUCCCCUGAUGAGGAGGCCCUCGUUGCUACUGCCCGUGAUAUGGGCUUCACUGUCCUUGGAAACUCCGGAGAUGGCAUCAACCUCAACGUUCUUGGCGAGGACCGCCACUACCAGAUUCUCAACACUAUCGAAUUCAACUCUACCCGAAAGCGAAUGAGCUCUAUUGUUCGCAUGCCCGAUGGCCGUAUUAUUCUCAUCUGCAAGGGUGCCGACAGUGUGAUCUAUGGUCGAUUGAAGAAGGGAGAGCAGAAGGAGCUGAGGAAAGAGACCGCAGAGCAUCUUGAGAUGUUUGCCCGUGAGGGACUGCGAACUCUGUGCAUCGCUCACAAGGAGGUGACGGAGGGGGACUAUCUACUCUGGAAGAAGGAACACGAUAUUGCCGCAGCUUCCCUGGAGGACCGAGAGGAGAAGCUAGAGGCUGUUGCCGAACUCAUUGAACACGACCUGCUCCUCCUGGGUGGCACUGCCAUUGAGGAUCGCCUGCAAGACGGAGUGCCAGAUACCAUUGAGCUGCUGGGCAAUGCCGGCAUCAAGCUCUGGGUCCUCACUGGUGAUAAGGUGGAGACUGCCAUCAACAUCGGUUUCUCAUGCAACUUGCUUAACAACGACAUGGAGUUGAUCCAUAUCAAGGUGGACGAGGACGAAAAUGGAGAGACCAGCGACGACACUUUCCUAGAUAUGGCGGAGAAGUUACUGGAUGAGAACCUCCAGACAUUUGGUAUUACCGGAAGCGAUGAAGAUCUUGCCCAUGCCAGGAAGAACCACGAACCCCCUGCCCCGACUCACGGAGUGGUGAUUGAUGGAUUUACUCUUCGAUGGGUUCUGAACGAUCGGUUGAAGCAGAAAUUCCUUCUGCUUUGCAAGCAAUGCAAGUCAGUCCUCUGUUGCCGUGUCAGUCCCGCACAGAAAGCUGCCGUCGUCGCCAUGGUAAAGAAUGGCCUUGACGUUAUGACCCUCUCCAUCGGAGAUGGUGCCAACGACGUGGCCAUGAUCCAGGAAGCUGAUGUUGGUGUUGGUAUCGCGGGUGUGGAAGGCCAACAGGCCGCCAUGUCCUCUGACUAUGCCGUCGCUCAGUUCCGAUUCCUUUCAAGACUGGUGCUGGUGCAUGGUCGGUGGUCUUACCGUCGAUUGGCAGAGAGCAUCAGUAACUUCUUCUACAAGAACAUGGUGUGGACUUUCGCUAUUUUCUGGUUCGAGAUUUUCUGCGACUUCGACAUGACCUACCUCUUCGACAUGACCUACAUUCUGAUGUUCAAUCUUUUCUUCACCUCCCUUCCCGUCGGCAUUAUGGGUAUUCUGGACCAGGAUGUAUCUGACAAGGUCUCGCUGGAGGUGCCACAGCUAUAUCGCCGUGGCAUUGAGCGAAUGGAGUGGACUCCGUCCAAGUUCUGGAUGUACAUGGUUGACGGCAUAUACCAAUCUGUCAUGGUCUUCUUCAUCCCAUACCUGCUCUUCAUGGACGGUACCUUCAUUGGCAUGAAUGGCCUCGGCCUUGAGGAUCGACUCCGAUUCGGUGCUUAUGUUGCUCACCCUGCUAUCAUCACGAUCAACAUGUACAUUCUCAUCAACACCUACCGAUGGGACUGGCUGAUGGUGUUGAUUGUCGUUAUCAGCGACGUCUUCAUCUUCUUCUGGACCGGAGUGUACACCUCCUUCACCUCAUCCGAGUUCUUCUAUGGAGCGGCGAGCCAGGUGUACCGGGAGGCGACGUUCUGGGCCAUCUUCUUCAUUGUGCCAGUCAUUUGCCUAUUCCCUCGAUUCGCCAUCAAGGCGCUGCAGAAGGUGUACUGGCCAUAUGACGUCGAUAUCAUUCGUGAGCAAGAGAGGAUGGGCAAGUUCUCGCACCUGUCACCCACGGAUGACGCCGACGAUACCACCGUGGCCGACUGCAGGAGCAACAAGUCCAAGUCAUCAAACAGUUCCAAAUCAAGGAAGGCGAAGCAUGUAACGUACGGCAGCGUCGACGAAGACUUGCGACCCAUCUACCCGCCCUCGACAGCUACCCGAACGACUACGUAUAACCAACAUAGUCAAAACGGCAGCGACUCGACCAACUAUACCGGCCCUCGCAUGUCAAUGGACAUUCCAGUCCAGGGACGGCCGUCCAUUGAUCGUGCUCGACCAUCAUACGACCGUAUGCGGGCAUCCAUGGACCGCGUGCGACCAAGUUAUGAGGCCAGUAGCGACUUCACAUCAGCGGCGCGACUGUCGCGAAUCGAGUCAAGCCAGUCUCAAGGCGGCCGAUUCCGACCGCGAUUGCGCGGACUGUCACUCUCCAAGAGUGCCCAACAGUAG